AGUCCUCAUGUACAGCGCCUCUAAGCUCCACAAUCCUGAGAGCCUUCCAGCUACACUACAAUUCCCAGAGACCACUGCGCACCAGGCGCUAGCUCGAACGGUUGGGCUGCCAGAGCCUGUUGCCAAGAGACAGGCUUGCAGGCCCCGCCCUUUUCCUCCAGCCCAGCCUGGUUUAGUCCCGCCUCCAUCCCACUCUUCUGCCGCCUGGACCACCCCAAAUGACAGAAAGGGUUCACUGAAGGCCUUGACGCUUCGAAAUUUGCUAAUAUGCUGCAGUUGCUCUCUAGGUUACUCAAGGACGCAGAGAGGAACCUCUGAACCCUGCUUCGGUUGCGAUAUUUUUUUAAACGGUCGAAUAAAUCCUCAAGAAAUAGAAGCUCUAAAUCCUCCAAACAGCCUAGAUUGUAAAGGCCGCCGACACUACAACUCCUAGCAUGCCCAGUAACCGGACCUCCACUUGGAGUUGGCGCUCUGCCCGCUGGGAACCGUAGUCCUUGUUGGUUGCGGUCCCACCUAACUCCGAGGUCCUCUUCAUUGUUCUAGCUGUUCUUUCGGGGCACGCCUGCGCAGUGGGCAAGCUGGAAAAACGUGUGGGUGAGACCCUCGCACAACCCCUUUUCAUUGUCUGUGUCUGGCGCCUGCGCAGUAAGGAAUCGUUGGAACUGGGCAGGAGGAGGGGAUAGGGUCCGGCUCCUCGCCCUUUCCCGAGGCGCCUGCGCACUAGGCAGCCGCUCUUUGCCGUUACCGCUAUGUGUGGGGCGUGUGUGGAAUAACGUUAUUGCCCAGCGGAGCUGAGGGCCCCGGAGCUCGACCGCAGCGGCAGCGACGACAACAGCGGCGGCGACGACGACGAGGUGGGGGGAGGACGGCGUGCGAGAGACUCACGGGACGCGACGCGCCCCGCCUCCCCCGUCCGGUCCCUCUCGCCACUGUGAGGGGAUGACGUAGCUUUGCCAAAGACUUAGAAGCUAAGCAGAAAAUGAGCUUAACAUCCUGGUUUUUGGUGAGCAGUGGAGGCACUCGCCACAGGCUGCCGCGAGAAAUGAUUUUUGUUGGAAGAGAUGACUGUGAGCUCAUGUUGCAGUCUCGUAGUGUGGAUAAGCAACAUGCUGUCAUCAACUAUGAUGCCUCUACGGAUGAACAUUUAGUGAAAGAUUUGGGCAGUCUAAAUGGGACUUUUGUGAAUGAUGUAAGGAUUCCGGAACAGACUUAUAUCACCUUGAAACUUGAAGAUAAGCUGAGAUUUGGAUAUGAUACAAAUCUUUUCACUGUAGUACAAGGAGAAAUGAGGGUCCCCGAAGAAGCUCUUAAGCAUGAGAAGUUUACCAUUCAGCUUCAGUUGUCGCAAAAAUCUUCAGAAUCAGAAUUAUCCAAAUCUGCAAGUGCCAAAAGCAUAGAUUCAAAGGGAGCAGACGCUGCCAUUGAAGUGCAGCACAAAGCUACCGAAGCACUGAAAGCCGAGGAGAAAGCCAUGGAUAUUUCUGCCAUGCCCCGUGGUACUCCAUUAUAUGGGCAACCGUCAUGGUGGGGGGAUGAUGAGGUGGAUGAAAAAAGAGCUUUCAAGACAAAUGGCAAACCUGAAGAAAAAAAUCAUGAAGCUGGAACAUCAGGGUGCAGCAUAGAUGCCAAGCAAGUUGAGGAACAAUCUGCAGCUGCAAAUGAAGAAGUACUUUUUCCUUUCUGUAGGGAACCAAGUUAUUUUGAAAUCCCUACAAAAGAAUUCCAGCAACCAUCACAAAUAACAGAAAGCACUAUUCAUGAAAUCCCAACAAAAGACACACCAAGUUCCCAUAUAACAGGUGCAGGGCAUGCUUCAUUUACCAUUGAAUUUGAUGACAGUACCCCAGGAAAGGUAACUAUUAGAGACCAUGUGACAAAGUUUACUUCUGAUCAGCGCCACAAGUCCAAGAAGUCUUCUCCUGGAACUCAAGACUUGCCGGGGAUUCAAACAGGAAUGAUGGCACCCGAAAACAAAGUCGCUGACUGGCUAGCACAAAACAACCCUCCUCAAAUGCUAUGGGAAAGAACAGAAGAGGAUUCUAAAAGCAUUAAAAGUGAUGUUCCAGUGUACUUGAAAAGGUUGAAAGGAAAUAAACAUGAUGAUGGUACGCAGAGUGAUUCAGAGAAUGCUGGGGCUCACAGGCGCUGUAGCAAACGUGCAACUCUUGAGGAACACUUAAGACGCCACCAUUCAGAACACAAAAAGCUACAGAAGGUCCAGGCUACUGAAAAGCAUCAAGACCAAGCUGUUGUAAGUCAAACUGCUUUUAUGAUUGCAUUCUUUGAUGAAGACAAUCCCAGAAAAAGAAGGUCAUAUUCUUUUACUCAAAGUGCGGGAAUCUUGUGUCAGGAAACUACAUAUUCACCACCACAUACAAAACUUGAGAAAGCAAAAUCUCCAACAGCAGAUGCCAAAGUGGUUUCUUUGUCUUUACAGACUAGCUCUGCGCAUCACAGAGGGGGGCAUGGUGUUCCACAUGGGAAAUUGUUAAAACAGAAAUCAGAGGAGCCAUCGGUGUCAAUACCCUUCCUACAAACUGCAUUGUUAAGAAGUUCAGGGAGUCUUGGGCACAGACCAAGCCAGGAGAUGGAUAAAAUGUUAAAAAAUCAAGCAACUUCUGCUACUUCUGAAAAGGAUAAUGAUGAUGACCAAAGUGACAAGGGUACUUAUACCAUUGAGUUAGAGAAUCCCAACAGUGAGGAAGUGGAAGCAAGAAAAAUGAUUGACAAGGUGUUUGGAGUAGAUGACAAUCAGGAUUAUAAUAGGCCUAUUAUCAAUGAAAAACAUAAAGAUCUAAUAAAAGAUUGGGCUCUCAGUUCCGCUGCAGCAGUAAUGGAAGAAAGAAAACCACUAACUACAUCUGGAUUUCACCACUCAGAGGAAGGCACAUCUUCAUCUGGAAGCAAACGUUGGGUUUCACAAUGGGCUAGUUUGGCUGCCAAUCAUACAAGGCAUGAUCAAGAAGAAAGGAUAAUGGAAUUUUCUGCACCUCUUCCUUUAGAGAAUGAGACAGAGAUCAGUGAGUCUGGCAUGACAGUGAGAAGUACUGGCUCUGCAACUUCCUUGGCUAGCCAGGGAGAGAGAAGGAGACGAACUCUUCCCCAGCUUCCAAAUGAAGAAAAGUCUCUUGAGAGCCACAGAGCAAAAGUUAUAACACAGAGGUCAGAGAUAGGAGAAAAACAAGACACAGAACUUCAGGAGAAAGAAGCACCUACACAGGUAUACCAGAAAGAUAAACAAGAUGCCGACAGACCCUUGAGUAAAAUGAACAGGGCAGUAAAUGGAGAGACUCUCAAAACUGGUGGAGAUAAUAAAACCCUACUUCACUUAGGCAGCUCUGCUCCUGGAAAGGAGAAAAACGAACCUGAUAAGGAAACUUCUUUGGUAAAGCAAACAUUAGCAAAACUUCAACAACAAGAACAAAGGGAGGAGGCUCAGUGGACACCUACUAAAUUGUCUUCCAAAAAUGUUUCAGGUCAGACAGAUAAAUGUAGGGAGGAACCUUUUAAACAAGAAUCACAACCUCCAGAAAAAAAUUCAGGACAUUCUACAAGCAAAGGAGACAGAGUGGCACAAAGUGAGAGCAAAAGAAGAAAAGCUGAGGAAAUUCUGAAAAGUCAGACUCCAAAGGGAGGAGACAAGAAGGAAUCCUCCAAGUCAUUAGUGCGACAAGGGAGCUUCACUAUAGAAAAACCCAGCCCAAACAUACCCAUAGAACUUAUUCCCCAUAUAAAUAAACAGACUUCCUCUACUCCUUCUUCUUUAGCAUUAACAUCUGCAAGUAGAAUACGAGAAAGAAGUGAGUCUUUAGAUCCUGAUUCUAGUAUGGACACAACCCUUAUUCUAAAAGACACAGAAGCAGUCAUGGCUUUUCUAGAAGCUAAACUACGUGAAGAUAAUAAAACUGAUGAAGGACCAGACACUCCCAGUUAUAAUAGAGACAAUUCUAUUUCACCAGAAUCUGAUGUAGAUACAGCUAGUACUAUCAGUCUGGUUACUGGAGAAACUGAAAGAAAAUCAACCCAAAAGCGAAAGAGUUUCACUAGCCUCUAUAAAGAUAGGUGUUCCACAGGUUCUCCUUCCAAAGAUGUUACAAAAUCGUCAUCUUCAGGUACUAGGGAAAAAAUGGAAAAGAAAACAAAAAGUCGUUCCACAGAUGUGGGUUCAAGAGCAGAUGGUCGUAAAUUUGUUCAAUCCAGUGGGAGAAUAAGACAGCCUUCGGUAGACCUAACCGAUGAUGAUCAAACCUCUAGUGUACCUCAUUCUGCCAUCUCUGAUAUUAUGUCAUCUGAUCAAGAAACUUACUCCUGUAAACCUCAUGGACGGACUCCACUUACCUCAGCUGAUGAGCAUGUACAUUCCAAACUGGAAGGAAGUAAAGUAACGAAAUCUAAGACUUCUCCGGUAGUAUCUGGUUCAUCCAGUAAAUCGACCACCCUUCCAAGGCCACGACCUACCAGGACUUCCCUCUUGCGCAGAGCACGACUUGGUGAAGCUUCAGACAGUGAACUUGCCGAUGCUGACAAAGCAUCUGUUGCUUCUGAAGUAUCCACAACAAGUUCUACAUCAAAACCUCCCACAGGAAGGCGUAACAUCUCUCGGAUUGAUUUAUUGGCUCAGCCUCGUAGAACACGACUUGGCUCACUGUCAGCUCGUAGUGACUCUGAAGCAACAAUUUCUAGAAGUAGUGCCUCUUCGAGGACCGCAGAAGCCAUCAUUAGAAGUGGAGCCAGAUUAGUACCAUCAGAUAAAUUUUCUCCUAGAAUUAGAGCUAAUAGUAUCUCUCGACUCUCAGACUCCAAGGUCAAAAGUAUGACCUCAGCUCAUGGCUCUGCUUCAGUAAAUUCAAGAUGGAGGCGCUUUCCUACUGAUUAUGCUUCCACCUCAGAAGAUGAAUUUGGAUCAAACCGUAAUUCCCCUAAACAUACCCGUCUACGUACUUCUCCAGCCCUGAAAACCACUCGCUUGCAGAGCGCUGGAUCAGCAAUGCCUACUAGUUCUUCAUUCAAGCACCGGAUUAAAGAGCAGGAAGACUACAUCCGAGAUUGGACUGCUCAUCGAGAAGAGAUAGCCAGGAUCAGCCAAGAUCUUGCUCUCAUUGCUCGGGAGAUCAACGAUGUAGCAGGAGAGAUAGAUUCAGUGACUUCAUCAGGCACUGCCCCUAGUACCACAGUAAGCACUGCUGCCACCACCCCUGGCUCUGCCAUAGACACUAGAGAAGAGGUAGGAGAUCUUCAUGGAGAAAUGCAUAAGUUGGUUGAUCGUGUUUUUGAUGAAAGCCUCAACUUCCGAAAGAUUCCUCCAUUAGUUCAUUCUAAAACACCAGAAGGAAACAACGGUCGAUCUGGUGAUCCAAGACCUCAAGCAGCAGAGCCUCCUGAUCACUUAACAAUUACAAGGCGGAGAACCUGGAGCAGGGAUGAAGUCAUGGGAGAUAAUCUGCUGCUGUCAUCUGUCUUUCAGUUCUCUAAGAAGAUAAGACAAUCUAUAGAUAAGACAGCUGGAAAGAUCAGAAUAUUAUUUAAAGACAAAGAUCGGAAUUGGGAUGACAUAGAAAGCAAAUUAAGAGCCGAAAGUGAAGUCCCUAUUGUGAAAACCUCAAGCAUGGAGAUUUCUUCUAUCUUACAGGAACUGAAAAGAGUAGAAAAACAGCUACAAGCAAUCAACGCUAUGAUUGAUCCUGAUGGAACUUUGGAGGCUCUGAACAACAUGGGAUUUCCCAGUGCUAUGUUGCCAUCUCCACCAAAACAGAAGUCCAGCCCUGUGAAUAACCAUAGCAGCCCGGGUCAGACACCAACACUUGGCCAACCAGAAGCUAGGGCUCUUCAUCCUGCUGCUAUUUCAGUCUCAGCUGAAUUUGAGAAUGCUGAAUCUGAGGCUGAUUUCAGUAUACAUUUCAAUAGAUUCAACCCCGAUGGGGAAGAGGAAGAUGUUACAGUACAUGAAUGACUUUCUCUUGAGUGUUGAAAAAUCAUUACCUGUGGAAUGACUAGGAAUAUUGGAAGCAGCAUAGUGUUGACGUACACAAAACAAGACAGCUUGGUCAGCUACAAUCUUGGAAUCCCUGUCUUCUUAAUUUUAUUUAUUUAUUUUUGGCUUACAAUGUAGUAUAUCAAUCCUUUCAAACCAUUUAGAUAACCACUUGAUGCACAAAUAGGAAAAAGCAGAUUGUGGCAGUGUCACCUUUUGUGGUUUUAUGAUUUUCAAAUUGAAUUUUAUGAUUACACCCUUUCCCUUCAUAGAUCUUUUUUCUUUUUUUUAAGCCAUGCUGUGACCUACAAGCAAACUAAAUAGCCAACAUUUCUGAACCCCUGUGUCUCCUGUGCCAAGCUGCUCCCUGAAAUGGACUUCUUCAUCUGUACAGAUUUGUUAAACCAUUCUAUUUGCUUCUUAAUAAUAGGAUUUAUAUUAGUACUCAUUACCAUUGGACACAAUGACAGAAGUACUCUCCACAGUAAAGCAGACCUUCCACAACAGUCACUCUGUGUCCUAAAAUUUUCCAACAUAGAUGUGAUUUAUAUAACUUUGUUGAUACAUAAAUUGUCUUGGGGUUUACGGAAAUUAACUAUUAUGUUUGCACUAAGAUUUGCUGGGAGUGGUAGGUGGACAUAUCUAUAUAUCAAUAAGGACUAACCGUCUUUUUUGUACAUAGGAGAUUGAUAAUACUGUAUUUGUUUUAACCCCACAGUGUUUUACUCCACUUUCAAAAAGAUCAAUUUGGCACUUUUUUUCAUUUUUUUAAUGGAAAUAAGAUUUGGUCUCUCGUUUUAGGUUAAAUGAUAACUAGAAAGAUUAAACUAGACAGAUAGUUUAGGUGGAGUAUAUUUUUAAAACUCAGAACAUGUAUAUUGGUCCUGUGUUACCAAGUUUAUAUGUGACAGUUGAAAAAAAAAUUCCCUUGAAAUGAUCAUGAGGUUAAAAUUUUCUUCAUUAGGGGACUUGGAGAACCAGUAGUCAUAAGAUUAGUUGAUAGUUUCACUCCCAAGCAAUGAAUUGCUUCUGUGUGUUUCCCUGUAGGACUCAAUAGUAAAUCCUGUCUGUCUUACACAUUUAUAAGGACCCUGCAAGACGACGACGACAAAGGCCUUUGGCCUGUGCUACUAAACAAGAAGCCUAUGAAAAAUUUCUUCUUUAAACUUGUUUUUUCUCUUUCCAGUAAGUUGACAUUUGGAUAACUUUUAAAAAAGAAAAGAAAAGUAAUUACCUUUGUGUUUCCAGAACACUAUAAUUGGGGUGUAUCUUAAUUCAGUUAAAUAUUAUUAGUAGACCUGGAUUUUCCCCCUUGACCCCAUCAGUCUAUUAAGGUUAAACUGCAACUUUUAUGAAAUGGUCUUUAAUAUUUCCACAAUAAUCCUGUGCUAUAUUUGUUUUAAGAAACAAAGUAACUCUAUACACUUCAAGACUUUACAGGAUUUUUAAAAUCCUGUAUUGUUGGAUCAAUUAAUAAAGAUGCAAAAAACUUCUUAUAGAGAUGUAAAAACAAAAGUAUAAUGGAUCCCCUAUUUUUCUUUAAAUUCAAAAAAAAAAAGGUAAAUGAACUAUUCUCCUUAUAAAGCUAAAUUCCCCAUUCUGUCUAAUAAAGGAAGACUGAAAAAAGGUUUUAAAGAACAUAAAUGGAAAGAUACAAAUACUUUGAAGGAAUAAACGAAACAUUAAAACAGGGUCAAUCCAUUUGAAGAAAAAGUUGGACAAAAUAAUCAGCAUUGCUCCCUCUUUUAUUUAAUAUUUGGGUACUGAUUAUAUCCACAUGGAAGUAGAAGGUAAGGAGUUUAGGAAAAUAUUAGAAUCUACUCUGCUUACAUUCUUGUUUAAGUGUUUACACAGUUUGGUUCAAUUAUAAACAUUUGGCCUUUUACUAUGUUAUUUUUAUUUUGUAUGAAUACAUUAUCCUCCUUAUUUAUUUUUGUUACAUUUAUUACUUAUGUUAUUUUGUUAUGCAUUUACAACUCCAUUUUUAAAUAAAGUGUUUCUGGAACUUUA